AUGCCAAGUAAAGAGGAUCUACGUCGUCUCUUUAACUUUCUCAAAUCUCAUCUAUAUCGAUUGAAUUUAUUCAAUACUGCCAGUGAAGAUGAAACUAUUAUACAGAAUGAACGUCGAUCAACUGGUCUUUACGUAGUUCUUCUCGUGACAUCAAUGAUCAUUUUUCUUGUAUACUAUAGUGCUGCACUUUAUACAGAAGACGUUUUCAUUCCAUCUCCUUCAUCAGAUGAAUAUGAUCGUAUACAAAACGAAACUUCAUUACAAUGUCCGUGUACAAACAUCGCAGUAAAGUAUGAAGUAUUUACUGAAGUUGUACCUACUUAUCAUCAAUUGUGUGGAAGUGAUUUUGUAUCAGAUGAAUGGAUUAAUCGUUUGUUUGAUUUAUAUGAGCAAAGUUGGAACAACUCAACUCCAAUUGACUUUCGUCGAAUAGGUGUAUUUCAGUUCCAAACACUUCGUUCGCUCUGUCAAUUAGCAAACGACACAAUCAACAGGAAUCUUCAAUCAUUUAAUUACACGGAUUUCGUUCAAUCUCUACUAGUUUCACCAGAAAUUUUUGGAACUCAAAUCGACUCCUUUAUCAAUGAAUUCAUCGAAGAAACACCCAAGACAUUUAUAAGAGCAUUUAACUUUAUGCAAGAUACAACAGCACAGAGUUUGUUCAUGACUGGUGCCUCAAUUACAAGUGUUCGACCAGUCAGACAAUAUACGAUAGAAGGAAUAGACAACGGUAUUGUCCCUUAUCCUGGAAUCAACUACACAUUUACAAAUAAUUUCACCUGUAUCUGCUCAAGUUCAACUGCUACUACCUGCAUGGGUCUGGCAACAUUUGACGAUAUUGUUCUGCCUGGUUUUCAAACUGGUUGUUAUAUGUUAAAUGCAUUGAUGAACUCUACUCUUGAAGCAUUCGAUAAUCAAACAUUCAUCAAUAAACUGAAUAAUUCAUCACGAAGUUUUCAAAAACUCAGUUCAUCGAACUCAAACUGGAAAAUUGAAAAAUUACUUAGUCAAAUUAUUCCACGUUCAACAGAUGAAACCAUUCUUCGACGACAACAUCAUACAACACGCUUAUAUUUAGUUUUGUUAUUGGUAACUUCAAUUACUAUGAUUUUUUAUACGUUUCUUGAAUCUAUUACAAUCAGUAAGACUAUUGAAUCCCCAUCGUUAGAAACUUUUGCUCGACUGAGAAAGGAAUAUCCAUUGACACUUGAUUGUCCAUGUAGUCGAACUUCAUUCGAAUAUAAACAAUUUUUUUCUGAUAUCGAAGUUGAGUACCAUGAAAUCUGUUCAUCUGAAUUCAUUACUCCUCGUUGGAUCCAACUUCAAUUUAUUGAAUCUCCCGUGAAAGAAUUUUUCAUCAAUGAUAUUCGUUUUCAAUCUCAAAUGCAUUUUCAGCUUUUAUCUACACUUUUUCGUGUAGCUAAGCAAACUAUCGAAGACAACCUUCAGUCAUUUUAUCGAACAAAAUUGAUUACUCCUAAAGUUAUUGAUAAUUUUUCUUUUCAAAUCGAAUCUGAAUUAAUUCUUGAACAAUUCAAAAGAACGGUACCAGAAUCAUAUGGAUGGACAUUACAACUAAUAGAAGCAAAUACUGAAAUUAAUCAAUUGAUUGUACCACUCAAUUCUAUUUUUCGAUCUCGAAUGGAUGUUCACAACAAAGAAGUUUUCCGCUUAGAACCUGAAUUAAAUGCUCGACACGAUCGUCCUGUAUGUACACUCAGCGAAAAAUGCGAAUGUUUCUUUUUGUUUCCCGGCGAAUGUGUUCUAGAAACAGUUGUUGUAGAAGAAGAUUUCUCCCGCAAAACUAUUCCAGGAAUGAGACUAACAGUAUCGCCUAUUCGCUCUGUUUUAAUAUCGACAUUAGAAUGUUUCUACAAUGAAACAUGUCUAUCUGAGAUUACACGUGAAAUUAAUUCUCUAGUUUCACCAACAAAUUUUUCAACACUUCGUUUGUCAUCGUUAGCAAUGAACGAAAGUGAAAAUGAUACAAUCGAUAUGUUGGCAAAGAAACUUUUUAUUCGAUCAUGGUCUAAUCAAACUAGUUCAUAUGAAUCGUAUUUUAAUCAAUGUCUUCCUUUAUCUUGUCAAUAUUCAUAUCUAAGUCGGUAUAAUAUAAUCGAUGCUGUUACAAGAAUUAUUGGAACAUUAGGCACUCUUAGUUUUCCUCUAACAUUAUUAGUACCGUAUCUCAUCAAACUAUUGUAUUAUAUUUGGGCUAAAAUCAAAUAUCGGCGACAAAAUACAAUCAGACCAUCUGUAGAAACGGUCUCUACCAGAAGAGGUAAAUAA